AGCCAUUGUGGCUCGAGUGUUCACCUGGCCUCGGACCGUCGGGCCGUUUUCUGACUUGUGCGCGGUGGUAGCUGCAGCAUGACAGUGCCUGCUUGCUGGAAUGGGCCCCUGAGGAGGUCAGCGGUCAGGUCGUACCCUGCAUUCUCACCAGGGCGACCCUGCUGGAGGCGCAGUUGGUUCUGCUCUCCGGCCACGCGGCAGGGGCACGGAGACGGUGGCCACGGUCAGGGCCUGACUGCAGACAUAGAAGCAGAGAUAGAAGAUGAUGGCCUCCGCAGGAAGGCCACACGAGUGACUUGGCUGGGGGUCGGAGCAAACGUUUGUCUGACAGGGCUCAAGGGUGCUGCGGGGUACGCCUCUGGAAGCACGGGCCUGAUGGCGGACGCGGUGCACAACAUGACGGACCUCGCCGGAGACGCCGUGUCGCUUCUCACUCUGCGGGUGGUCGCCGCGCCUGCUGACGAGAAGUAUCCGUAUGGAUACGGGAAGUACGACGCUGUCGGGACGCUGGGGGUCGCUGGGAUUCUCCUGGUCACCGCAGGUGAGAUACUUCACCAGUCGCUCGAGUCUCUGCUAGAGGUUGUUCGGGGAAACCCGUGUGGGCUGCAGAUGGCUCCGAUGGCGCUGGGAGUUGCUGUCGUGUGCGUUGCCGUGAAGGAAAUUCUCUUCCGCAUAACCCUGCGAGUGGGGAAAGAGGCCCGAUCAUCUGUUGUCAUCGCCAACGCCUGGCACCAUCGAAGCGAUGCUCUCUCCUCGUUAGUUGUCAUGGGCGGCAUCGGAGGCGUCAUGGUCGGGCUGCCGUACAUGGACGCCGUCGGUGGGGUGAUGGUGGCCGGCUACACGGCAAAGCAGGCGGUUGAGAUCGGAUGGGGCGCAGUGAAGGGAUUGACGGACCAGCAGACGGACACGCGGCUUCUUCACGGCAUCAGAGAGGUCGGUGACAAGCUUAUGGUCGGAGGGAUCAUCACUGGAUUGUCCAAGGUGCGGGUCCGGCACUUCGGUGCCUAUUGCCUCGUGGACUUGAACGUGAUCGUCGACCCGUUUCUCUCAGUCGGAGACGCGCACAAGCGAACAAAGAUUGUGCGCAGGGCGAUUCAGCUGGAGCACCCGGAGGUGCACGAAGUCCUGGCGCACGUUUGCCCCUCGGACGUCCAGCACGACUGAGCGGGGUGGAGCGCUGCUCGAGGCCUCUUGGUCUGCUGCAGCUUUGCCCUGCCGGCAGAGGUGCCGCACCUGGGCCGGGGGGCGAGGAUCCUGCCGGAAGCCUGGCGGAUCGAGCCUCUGGGCGGCGAGCGUGGGAGAUCGGACCCACCAGCGGCCUCGUGAUCUUCGCGGGUAGGGUGUCCGUCCGGAGCGUCGUGCCGUCAUUCUGCAAGGCUAUGGCUCGCCCCUCCCCGCUGCAGGGGAGUCCUGCGUCUUCGCCGUUUGUCGCCCGGUGUUUGUUUGUCCUGGGUGCAGGGUCCAGGACCCGCUUCGCUGAAGACCCCUUUGCUCAAUGUCAAAUCGUCUUUCUGUUGAGAUCCGACGUCGCGAAACUUACACACACGAAAUGCAGAGCACGACGUCGGGAAGGUCGGAGUAGCAUGGCCUUCUGCGUCCGAGGACCGUCGACGGCCCUCGGGAGAUCUCGGGGUGGAGGACGGGAGCGCCACACCCGUUUUGGGCACGGGCCAGACCAGGCAGCGGCCCCCCCUCGCGGGGCUCGCGACGAGCGGCGCGAGGAGCUCCACCCGCAUCGCAGGCGACCAUGACGGUCAAGACAUGGACACGAGGACCAGUUUGUGCUCAGGAGAGGCUCCCGGUCCUUCCUUACAGUCGGCCCGGAUUGGUAGGUCGACCCUGCCAAGUCAAGGGCGCCCUUGUGUCCGGUGUCCCGCGACCCAUGCCUCCUGCAUUCCCGUGGCAGAGUGCCCCUCGGAAAGGGUCUCUUGUCCUACCGCGUGCCCUCUCCAAUCAAGCCCGACUGUAUGCCUAGGUCGAGGAGCGUAUUCUUUUCCGAGGCUCACCGUGGCCAGAGAAGUCCGGUCUUUCCGUCUCUGGUGCUCCUUGUCAUUUGUUGUGUUUUUUUUUUUUUUCUCUUGAUCCAAGCAGCACUUUGCUUGCAACAGAAGCAAGAACAGGCACACACACCAAGCAUGUGGCGUUCCCUCUUCGUGGUGGCUGCAUGCCCUCGGCGCUUCGGCCCCGGAGCCUGCUUUCCAGUCCCUUGCGCGACCGCGGCAGUCACCAGCGGGGGG